CUACCCACUUUUACCAGAGAACUAGAUUUCUGUAUAUUUGCACUACUCAUUUCCAUAAUUUACCCGUGAACCUUUACAGUUGCGCUUUGUUGUGCUACUUCACUUCCUUAUAAGACAGGUACACUUGUGAGAACGUCGCCAACCAAACUCAGCGUUAAAAAUGAAAAUUUUAACGUUUUUCUGCUCGUCAGCAAACGACAGAAUGUCUCACAUCAGCACUAAAUAUAUAUUUUGUAUCUGAAAGCCAACGGUGAGUUCGGCUCGUGUAUGAAACAUGGACAUCCUCGGUUAGUGGUAGUAACUGGAGGAUCUACUGCAGCUUCACUCGCUGGACUUCCCUAAUAACCGCAGUGCACGUUUUCUUAACAGGGAAACACAACACCAUGGCUGGAGACGACCAUUACCUUCAUCCUUCCAACCAGAUUUUCGACAACAUCGUGAUGGAUCCGUUGUGGGAGUUCCCACAUUUCCCCGCGAUGCAUCCGACCUCGUCCCUGCGGACAGUGGACGGACCGUUCCUGCAGAUCGUGGAGCAGCCGAAGCAGGUAAAACUAAUAAUCACAAGAAGUGUGAGCAGAACAAUAACUCUUCAGAACAAAGAAACUAUCUCCACGUCUUCACAAUAAGAUUACUUUAUGAGCAAUAGGUCCCCAAAUGUAUGGAUCAUAUCUUAAGAUCCCGUCUCCAUGACGCAUACGGGUUUUAUUUUUAGGUCAGUAUGAAGAUAACUACCGUUCACAGCCCACUGUUAUACUACAUAAAUAUAAAUACAUAUUGUACUGUUAUACCACAUCAAUACAAAUACA